AUGGCUUCCUUUCCGGCCGCCGUGCGGUCCUCCCGGAAGCUCGCCCUCAACCUCACCCUCGUCCCCCGACGGGCCAUCUCCGACAUCACCAUCACCCGCACCGGCAAGCCCAUUCUGCGGACCACCGGCGGACGGCACUCUCUCGGAGGUCACACCGCGACCGUAUUUGGCGCAACCGGCCAAUUGGGUCGCUACAUUGUCAACAGACUAGCCCGCCAGGGAUGCCAGGUCGUGAUCCCGUACCGAGAGGAGAUGGCCAAGCGCCACCUCAAGGUGACGGGUGAUCUGGGCCGCGUCCACUUCCUCGAGUACGAUCUGUACAACACCGAGUCCAUCGAGGCCAGCGUCAGGCACUCGGACGUCGUCUACAACCUGAUCGGCCGCAACUACCCCACCAAGAACUACAGCCUCGAGGACGUCCACGUCCACGGCACCGAGCGCAUCUGCGAGGCCGUCGCCAAGUACGACGUCGACCGCUACAUCCAUGUCUCGUCCUACAACGCCAACCCCAACUCCGAGUCUGAGUUCUUUGCCACUAAAGGCCGCGGAGAGCAGGUCGCCCGUGCCAUCUUCCCCGAGACCACCAUUGUCCGCCCCGCUCCCGUCUUCGGCUUCGAGGACAACCUGCUGAUCAAGCUCGCUGGUGUCACCAACCUGUUCACCUCCAACAACAUGCAGGAGAGGUACUCGCCAGUACACUCGAUCGAUGUUGGUAAGGCCCUCGAGCUCAUGCUAUACGACGACACCACGGCGGGUCAGACAUAUGAGCUGUACGGUCCCAAUGAGUACUCAACCGAGGAGAUCGCCGAGAUGGUAGACCGUGAGAUCUUCAAGAAGCGCAGGCACCUCAACGUCCCAAGGCCGCUCCUCAAGCCCGUCGCCGCCCUCCUCAACAAGGUUCUCUGGUGGCCUAUCCUGUCUGCUGAGGACAUCGACAGGGAGUUCAUCGACCAGGAGAUCGAUGCGACCGCCAAGACUUUCAAGGACCUUGGCAUCACCCCCGGCGACAUCAAGGACUUCACAUACCACUACCUUCAGGGAUACCGAAGCUCGUCAUUUUACGACCUCCCCCCGGCGACGGAGAAGGAGAGGAGGGAAGACAGGAAGUACAUCCACGUCACGGAUGAGUUGUAG